AUGGACACGAACAAACAACCGCCUGGGAUGGAGCCUGAAGCCUGGAACCUUAUGAUAGUUAAGGGAGAAAGGGGGAGCGAGGGGCGGACAGACCAAUCCCCGGGGUUGCCUAACUACCACUUACAAAACUUAAUAAUUUGCGUUAAUAAUAUUACUGCUCAACUUAAAAGCUCUAAUCUGGCAAGGCCGUAUUUGUAA